CGGCGGCGGCCGGGGCCGGGGGGGCGGCUGCGGCGGCGGCGGCGGCGGCGGCGGCGGCGGCGGGGCCCGAGGUGCUGGAGCGGCUGAUGGCGGAGAACCGGGAGCUGAAGGGGGCGCUGCGGCGGGGCAGCGAGAGCCUGCGGGGGCGGCUGGAGGAGCUGCGGGGGCUGCGGGGGCUGUGGGGGGCCGAGCGCGAGCUGCUGCGGGGGAGGGCGGCCCAGGCCCGCGCCCUGGUCCAGCGCCUGCGCGCCGAGAGGGACGAGGCCACCCGCCGCCUGCGCCGCCUCGGGGACGGCCUCGGGGACAGCCUCGGGGACAGCCACCAUGGGGACGGCCACCAUGGGGAUGACGCCACCACUGCGCCCCCCGAGGGGCCGCAGGAGGAGGCGCCGGCGCCGAAGGACCCCCCCAGCCCCCCGUGUCCCCCCCGCAGCCGGGAGCACGACGGCCCCGGGGACCCCCAGCCCCCCCGGGGGGACCCCGACGCCCCCCCGGACCCCAGCAGCCCCAUGGAGCAGCUGAGGCAGCGGCUGGCGGCCACCGAGGCUGAGCUGGCGGCGGCGCGGGGGACGGCGGCGGCGGCGGAGGAACGGGCGGCAGCGGCCACGCGCGAGGCCGAGCUGCAGCUCCGGGCCCUGAGGCGCCAGCUGGAGCAGGACAAGGCGUCGGUGAAGGCGCAGGUGACGUCGCUGCUGGGGGAGCUGCGGGAGAGCCAGGCCCGGCUGGAGGGCGCCCGGCGGGAGCGGGACCAGCUGCAGCACAGGGCGGUGGCCGCGGGCGAGCGGUGCCGGGCGCUGGAGGAGGCGGCCUCGGGCCACGCGCUGCAGCUGGACCAGCUGCGCCUGCAGGUGACCAACCUGGAGGCCGCGCUGCGGGUGGAGCGUCAGGGGGCCACCGAGGAGAAGCGCAAGCUGGUGCAGCUGCAGGUCGCCUACCACCACCUCUUCCAGGAGUACGACGCCCACAUCAAGGCCAGCCUGGAGGGGGACAAGCAGGGACAGCUGGCGGAGGCGCGGGGGGCGGCUGCGGGCGGCGGAGGAGGCGCUGGCGGCCAAGCAGGAGCUGAUCGACAAGCUGAAGGCGGAGGCCGAGCAGCAGCGAGAGCGCGGCUGGAGACCAUCCCCGUGCUGCAGGCGCAGGCGGACAUCUACAAGGCGGAUUUCGCGGCGGAGCGGGCGGCGCGGGAGCAGCUCCACGCGCAGCGCGAGGCCCUGCAGGACGCCCUGGCCCAGCUCCGCCUGCGCCUGGAGGCCGAGGCCGCCGCCAGGAUCCGCAUGGAGGAGAUGAGGAACCGGCACUCGGAGCUGCGGCCGCCGGCGGGGGGGGGUUUUGGGGGGCUGCCCCCCCCGCCCCGCGCCCCCCCCGAGGAACAGCCCGAUCUCUGCUGCCCCAAGUGCCAGUACAAGGCCCCCGACAUGGACACCCUCCAGAUCCACGUCAUGGAUUGCAUCAAAUGACCCCCCCCUCCC